AUGGAAAUUCUGAAGAGGUGUGAUAUGGAGCAUUGCAAUGCUGCAACAACACCAGCCGAGACACGAUUACAGCUGUCCAAGAGUGAAGAAGAACAAGAUGUGGAUCCUACUCAAUACCGGAGAUUGAUAGGAUCAUUACGUUACUUGUGCAAUACGCGGCCAGAUUUGGCGUUUAGUGUCGGUAUUGCGAGUAGAUUCAUGGAGAGGCCGAAGGUAUCACACUUGGCAGCAGUUAAGAGGAUCCUUAGAUAUGUGAAAUGUACUCUUGGUUGUGGAAUUUUGUUUUCGGCAUGCGACAUGGGUAGAAGUUGUGAGUUACUCGGAUACACCGAUUCCAAUUGGUGCGGAGAUAAGGAUGAUCAAAAGUCUACGGCGGGGUAUCUCUUUAUGUUCGGUAAGACACCAAUCUCUUGGUGUUCGAAAAAGGAACCGGUUGUAGCCCUCUCUUCUUUCGAGGCCGAGUAUAUAGCAGCGUCGAUGUGUGCAUGCCAAGCUGUGUGGCUGGUGAAUCUAUGUAAGGAGUUGGACAGCAGUAGAAAUGAGGCUGUUUUGCUACUUGUGGACAACAUUUCAGCGAUAAACCUUGCUAAGAAUCCCAUAGCACAUGGGAGGAGCCAACAUAUUGAAAUGUGA